CGUUUCUUUAUUCCAGACCCACCUCGAAACAAAAUUCCUUACUUAUCUUCCUAGUUGCAUGUUUCUAGAUUCUUCUAUAACCUCUUAUAAAUUAACAACCCCUCUCCUUCAAUAUUCAUCAAUCACAAGUCUCAAAAUUUGAACAUCAAAGACUCUCUCUUCUAUCUACUUUUAUAUCACUACAAAUUUAUCAUCAUGCAGAUCUUCGUCAAAACCCUAACCGGCAAAACCAUAACGCUAGAAGUAGAAUCCUCCGACACAAUCGACAACGUGAAAGCCAAAAUCCAAGACAAAGAAGGAAUUCCACCGGAUCAGCAGCGGUUGAUCUUCGCCGGAAAACAGUUAGAAGACGGGAGAACACUUGCAGAUUAUAAUAUUCAGAAAGAGUCUACGCUUCAUCUUGUUCUUAGGCUCCGUGGUGGAAUGCAGAUUUUUGUGAAGACGCUAACGGGGAAGACGAUUACUUUGGAGGUGGAGAGUUCUGAUACGAUUGAUAAUGUGAAAGCGAAGAUUCAAGAUAAGGAGGGAAUUCCACCGGAUCAACAGCGUCUUAUUUUUGCUGGUAAACAACUUGAAGAUGGACGCACUCUUGCUGAUUAUAAUAUUCAGAAGGAAUCUACACUUCACCUUGUUCUUAGGCUCCGUGGUGGAAAUGUAUAGAUACACGCGUUUCUCACUUUCUCUCUAUGUUAUGUUUUCGUUAAUGUGUUCUUCUGUUAAAUCGUUAAAAGUUUAUCAAUAAAAAUGAAAAAGUUUCGAUUUUAUUCUAUCA